CGACAUCAUGGCGUCCGAUUGCAGUUGGUUCUCCCUCUCGUACGCAGCAGUUGGUAGCCUUUACUCUUUCAUUAUCAUAUGUUUUUCCGCACACUGUCGCAAGUGUUAACAUUCAUACACCUGCGAGCUGUUUAAGGCAGUGCAGACUCAUCGCCGAAAAAAAUCUCCACCAAAACACCGUUUUAUUCUUAUCGUGGAGAACUACGCGUGGUUAAUUUCGUGACUGCUUGACGUACGCCGCGCGACGAGCUCACCAUCCCGGCAAUAUGAUUAUAACGCUGAAAAACUUACAACAGCAAACGUUCACGAUAGAGAUCGACCCGUCGCAAACUGUCAAAGAUCUCAAGGAAAAGAUCGAGACGCAGAAAGGCUUCCCUGCCGAGCAUCAGAAGUUGAUAUACGCUGGGAAAAUAUUAGCGGAUGAGCAGCCUUUAACAGAAUAUAAUAUCGACGAGAAGAAAUUUAUAGUUGUUAUGGUAACAAAGCCUAAAGCUGGUGCUACAUCUAAAACAAGCGAGGAGCAGCGCGCCGAGGGUGACAAGAAGGAGGAGUCUACUAGUUCGGCAGCUAGUACGCAACCUAGUUCAAACCCUAAUGUUCAGGAUACUACGCGAGCAGCUAGUAACGUGCAAGAGCAACCAGCGGCAGCUGCGCCAGCGGCAGCUGCGCCGGCAGCUGGUCAAGCAGAAAGUGCCUUGCUAAUGGGAGAGGACUAUAACACUAUGGUAAACAACAUCAUGGAUAUGGGGUACGAACGCGAGCAGGUUGUGCAGGCGUUGCGCGCGAGUUUUAACAACCCUGAUAGAGCCGUCGAGUAUCUCCUAACAGGUAUACCAGCGCAACUGUUUGAGGAUCCACCCGAAGAUCCACCGGAGGCCCAAGAGCAGCUCCAGGAUCAGAGUCAAGAUCCCUUGGCCUUUUUGCGCUUGCAGCCACAAUUUCAGCAAAUGCGCCAAGUCAUUCAGCAGAAUCCACAGCUGCUGAACAAUCUUCUUCAGCAAAUCGGUUCCACUAAUCCUGCCCUUUUACAGCUCAUUUCUCAAAAUCAAGAAACAUUUGUACGCAUGCUCAACGAACCUGUGGAACCUACUGCUGGCACGGGGGCGCGAGUUUUGCCAACAUCUGGAGGAGGCGUGGCGCCCGCAGCCGCAGCCGCGGCCGCGGCUGCAGCAGGAGGUGCUGUGAACGGUGGGGCCGGCGCGGGUGCAGCGGCGGGAGUAGGACCGGGUUUAAUACAGAUAACACCACAGGACAGAGAUGCCAUCGAGAGGUUGAAAGCGCUAGGUUUCCCAGAACAUUUAGUUGUACAAGCAUAUUUCGCCUGUGAAAAGAACGAAAAUCUCGCUGCUAACUUCCUACUCUCGCAAAACCUCGACGACUGAAUCGCUCAUCUGAUCUUACGCAGCGUUUCGAAUAAAGAACAGGACUGACAGAGGGUGGAUGAUCGCACCAUUAUCAUUUUUACCUAAUAAUCAUCUUUAUUUUGUAUAUAGAUAUACACAAUAAUAUAUCUAUGCUAUUUUAUUUGUUGUGUAGAUAAAAUCCUGGUGUGUUUGGUAAGCGAUUGAAUCUAAGGAUAAGCGCAUACCAUAACAUUACAUAUAUGUCAAUUCUUUUAAGCAUUGUUUCAUACUUUUAAAAACAUUUCAUUUAAUAUGUAACACAUGUUUAUGAGAGAAAGAACUGUUGCUUACGGCAAACGGUGUUAUAAAAUCCAUCCUUACAGCCUACAAGUGCUCUAAGAUCUUAUAUUUCUUUAAUAUAUAUGGAGCAAUAUAAUUGCAUUUUUAUAUGAGAAAGCCUUACGAGCCUUACUCUGCAGAAGAAUACCUUGCAGUAGUUACAUAUUGAGAGGGCAUAUAUAAAUUGAAGAUGUGUUCACUCUCGCGUUAAGGUAUGUUUUAUACAUAUCUGAAGGUUUGCAUGUAGGUAUAAUAAGUGCAUUUUGUACAUUUCUUGGCUUUCUGAUAUAAAAAUUAUAGAGUGCAUCUGUUCGAGCAUGUGUAUUUGCGUAUAUUCGUAUUUAUGUAUGUAUGCUCAAAGAGAUUUUCUACUUUUAAACGAUAAUGCCACUAAAUUGAUUUAAAUGUUGAAAAGCUCUCUUGCGUGUCGCAAUUCAGUAAAUUGUGUGUCAUAAAAGAAAACAAUAAUUUUUAUCGUUUACAUCGCAGUGACGGGAAGCAAGGACGAAGUGUUUGACGAGUUCGAACUUGAGACCAAAAAACGGAGUCUCAGUUAACACGAGUUUACUGCACAAACUUUACAUUAUUUCCAUAUGUAUAUAUGUAUAAAGCGCGGAAUAACUUUCACCAACUUCACUCGAGUUAAGCGCGAGAAGUUGCGUGUGAAAGGAUCCGAUUGCUGCCCGAAAGAAUUGCACGAUACUGAAUUGCCGAAAGUUUCUUAACGAGUAGCGUCGGGGUGCAAAAUCGCGGGGGUUUUAUACUCUUUUUGUCCUAGGGUCCUGACACUCAGGGAGACAAGAGCAUGAUGGGCGAAAGCACGGUCCAGCGAUCAACUGUUGUCAUUUCCUCAAAAAGAAAUCAGCUGAAGCCGGAGAUCACGCUUAGUGCUGAUCUAUUGUUACUGCUGACCAGUUUUUACCUGUUUCGGAUGUUUGUCUCUCGGGGUCCCCAAGAUAAAGGAGACUGUUGAUUUGUAGAUGCUAGCUAAAAAGACAGUCUCGAGCGAGACACAGUUUCUCCGCUUCUCGAAGCUUCGCUCCUGAUUCUCAGCAAUAUUCACGGGGACGAUCGCGAAUACACAUAAUAUACCUAUAUAAUUUUCUUCUUAAUCUUUGGCUCAUGAUAAAGUCACCAUGAGUAUCACAUCAAGUUUUUGCUAGUAAUGAGAUGUUUUUGUCCAUCAAAUUAAUUUCUACUUGUAAUUCAAGAAAACAGUUGAGAUAUUAUGAACAAUCUUGAAAUUAUAUAAACCCAUGAAUAUUAAUUGUUGCAUAUACACGAAAUUCUAUUAGACUAUGAUUAUAUCUCUCCUUGCAGCAGCAUUAACAUUUUUUGGCACAAAGAAUUCAACUAGCGUGUUAUAUACAUACAUACGUAUAUACGUGUUUAUGCAUGUUACAUAAGUAGGAAAUUCUUAAUUCUUAAAUUUGUACCAUACAGUUACUCUUAUUAAUAUCAAUUAAAACAAUAAUAAAUAUUGGAAGAACUUUCAUCGCUCUUACAUAUAUUUAGUGCAAAAACAAUAUAAAAAACUAUUCGUUGGAGGAUUGUAGUAACAAUUGCAUAAAAUUCCAAUCUGUUUGUUAUGCUGACUCAAGUUUUAUCCCCCUUUUUUUAUAAAAAUAGAGAAAAUAUUAAUAGAGAAGAACUGCUGUUAAAACAGAACACAUUCUGUUGUGUGCUCAACACACUUGUAAUACAUAGUAUAAAUGAAUAAAUUACGAUUUCCACAAAUGCAAA